GGGAUUCAAACUCUUGUCUCUUCUGACUCUAAGCCCAGCAUUUCCACCAGAAUACCAGGCUAGUUUUCCAUGUACCAUGCAUAAUGGAAUCUUAUGGCAUUAAAAAUGUAUGCAUUUAUAGGAGUCAAUCUUAAAAAGAGUCCCUCCUUUGCACCCUGUGUGUGGUACCUGCCCCUGAUUCUGGCUUGGCCUGAAAGUUUGGUAGGAAAGCAGUAUUUCUCACCAACCCUUCCUUGGGAUCUUGCCUUAGAGUCCUCAGGCUGGAGUUGAGCUAUGCCCCUCCCCUAAUUGCCUGCCCCUCCCAGGUGUUCUCCCUCUGUGAAGCACCUUGGUCAGGUGAGCUGCUCUCACAUAAGUGGCUUUCCCCAGAGCCACUGGGGAGAGGCUACCUCAAAAAUGAGUGGUGAGGUUGGACAGCAACAGCAGCCACCACUGUCUGGGAGUCGCCGAGCCCCAGGGGGGAAAAAGUCCAAGCGGAGGGGCCACCGAAAGGAGACCUACUCAGUGUACAUCUACAAGGUGUUGAAACAGGUACACCCAGACAUUGGCAUCUCUUCCAGGGCCAUGAGCAUCAUGAACUCACUGGUGAACGAUGUGUUCGAGCGGCUGGCAGGGGAGGCAGCCCGGCUGGCCCAGUACUCGGGCCGGACCACCCUGACUUCUCGGGAGGUCCAGACAGCUGUACGUUUGCUGCUACCUGGGGAACUGGCCAAACACGCUGUGUCUGAGGGCACCAAGGCUGUCACCAAAUAUACCAGCUCUAAGUGAGCUUGUACCUUA